AUGAGUUCGGUGAUUCUCAGACCAUUGGCCAAGUCAUUCGGACGUUGUCUUCUGAUGGGAGCAGCGCUGCUGGCUGCCUUCGGGUACUUCCGCACACACUGGACCAACUCUACAUCAGAGCUCACUGCUUCGGUUGCCUGGAAAGAUUUCGCCUACGUCACGUAUGCCACGGACACGGACUAUCUCUGCAACUCGCUCAUGCUGCUUGAGAGCUUGCACCGGCUGCAAGGGAAAGCGGACAGGCUCCUGCUCUACUCGCAAGAGUGGCAUGAAGAUGACUACAGCAUCGAGUCAAGAUUACUGCGAAAGGCGAGAGACGACUACCAAGCGGUAUUAAAGCCUAUCAAGCUGCAGACAAUAUACACGAAGAAUUCCGAAAGGACCUGGGAGUCGUCCUUCACCAAAUUGCUGGCCUUCAAUCAAUCGCAAUAUCGCCGGGUGCUGAGCCUCGACUCCGAUAGCACACUCUUGCGACCAAUGGAUGAGCUCUUCCUUCAGCCCUCUGCUCCUGUGGCUAUGCCGAGAGCCUACUGGCGUGAGAGCGAUGCCAAUAAGGAAAUAAAGUUUUGUAAUGCUGUGGCAUUAAUAGAACCAUCGUCCAUCGAGUACCAGCGACUGCAACGCGAGAUCGUAGUCCAAAGGCCCGGGGACUACGACAUGGACAUCAUGAACCGUCUCUACGGUAGCUCAUGCCUCGAGCUUCCUCACCGACCUUACUUGCUAUUGAGUGGCGAGCUCGGCAAGGCCGAUCACAAGGCAUACAUGGGGAGGAGGGCUCUGCCUUGGUCCGCAGAAUACGUCUCAGCAGAGGCCAAGUAUGUACAUUUCAGCGAUUGGCCCCUGUCGAAGCCAUGGUUGCCCAUGCAGCGCCACCUACGAGGCGACGUAAGGCCUACCUGUGAAGCCAACGAGCACGACAUAAGUUUAGUCGACUGCGAGGAUCAACAGGCAUGGGAUUGGCUGUAUCAGGAUUUCCGGCAGAGACGAUUGAAUGUAUGUGGGCCCAUGUUCGACAAGUGGACCAAGAAUGAGACUCUACAAGAAGCGCAGGCAAAGAUGGACCUAAGCUGA